AUGGAUCCUGCACUUCUUAGAGAGCGGGAGGCGUUCAGGAAAAAGGCACUUGCAACGCCGAGUGUUGAAAAGAAGAAAAGAGAUGAUUCCUUUAAAGAUGAUGGCAAAAAGAAAUCAAAAUCAUCAAGCUCAGCAAAUGCAGCCCCAAAACUGGAUGCGACCAAUUAUAAGACGAUGGCCGGUAGUUCUUCGUAUCGUUUUGGUGUGUUGGCUCGCAUCGUGAGACACAUGAAGUCAAGACACCAAGAAGGUGAUGAUCAUCCGCUGUCAAUCGAUGAAAUCUUAGAUGAAACAAAUCAAUUAGAUGUUGGAAGCAAAAUUAAACAAUGGCUUCAGACGGAAGCAUUACAGAAUAAUCCUAAAAUAGAGCACACAUUUGAUGGAAAAUUUAUAUUUAAACCAGUUUAUAAAAUUAAAGAUAAGAAAUCAUUGCUGAGAUUACUGAAGCAACACGAUUUAAAAGGUCUGGGAGGAAUUUUUCUAGAAGACGUCCAAGAAUCAUUACCGCACUCUGAAAGAGCAUUGAAAAGUUUAGCUCAAGAAAUACUUUAUAUAACGAGAUUCUCUGACAAAAAGAAAAUAUUGUUUUAUAAUGAUAAAACGGCCACUUUAGAUGUUGACGAAGAGUUUGUGAAAUUAUGGCGAGCUACGGCCGUAGAUGCUAUGGAUGACGCUAAGAUAGAGGAAUACUUGGAAAAGCAAGGCAUCAAGUCAAUGCAGGAUCACGGGCCAAGGAAACCUGUGGUGCCCAAACGUAAGAAAGUUACUCAGAAGAGAAGACAAUUCAAGAAACCUAGAGACAAUGAACAUUUGGCUGACGUACUCGAAACUUGUAAAUUAUAUAAUAUAACAAACACUGAAUCCCAAUUUUCCCUAUCUUGGGAUGACCAUGUCGCUAAUAUCUGUAACGGAUUAAGUUUGCUUCAACAGAAUGGUGAGUUCGUAGAUAUGACCCUAGCUGCCGACGGUCACUUGGUUAAAGUACAUCAAGUAAUAAUGGCACUCAGUAGUCCAUUUCUUAAAGAUCUCAUCUCAUCAGCUGAAUGUCCACACCCUGUGAUAUUUUUAAAUAAAAUUUCUCACACUACCCUAUCAGCAUUAUUAGAAUAUAUAUACACCGGUGAAGUAUUAGUAGCUAUAGAGGACCUUAACGAGUUAAUAGAUGCCGCAAAAGAAUUGCAUAUCAAAGGAUUACAGGAAAUGAAUCUAGCGGAUGCUUUAAGUGUGGAUGAACGGAAAACAAAUGAAGAGUAUUUUACACAAAUUGAAUGUUUGGAUGGAAAUCAAGAUAUUUAUUUAGAAUUACCGAAUCAAGAAAGCAACCAGCAAGCAAUGGAUGAUGGAAGUUGCAGUUUUAUAGUUAGUGAUAUAAGGAGUGUGAAUGAUGUUGAUCAGUUGUAUGUGGUACCCUUAGAAAAGAAAGAAGAUCCGGAACUAAUUGAGAAAAUAAAAAAAGGACACAUUAUGGGUAAUAUUGAUGCUGAGGCAUGUUUAAAAACCCUGCAAUACACAAUAUCAAACCAAGGAUCGCUACAAAUGAUCCUAAACAGAUUUAUUUAUUACUUGAAGCAUAGUAACAGGGACAAAUCAAGACAAUGGCGAUGUGUAGAUUAUUUAAACCAUUCUAAAUGUCCAGCCUAUGUUGUCACCAAGGAGGAUGUUGUUGUACAGAGGAUAUCUUCACACAACCACCCAUUCCAUGAUCGCAAGAUAUUGAAGAAAGUCAAAACAGGCUCUGUGUUCUCAGCAUUCAAUGAAGCAGAGAUUGAAGGAAACAAUAGAAAAGCUUUGGAAGAGACUAAUAGUGAUUAA